GCUCAACUGCUGAGUCACACCGGCCAGGCAAAAAUGGGAAAAAUCUUUGCCAACUAUGUAUCUGAAAAUGAAUUUGAUACAUAGGGAACUCUCCAAACUCAACCAUUAAACAACUCAAUUUUAAAAAUGAGUAAAAUAUAUUAACAGACACUUUACCAAAGAACAUAUACAGGUGAAUAAUAAGCUCAUGCAAAGAUGUUCAACAUCACGGGUCAUUAGGAAAAUGCAAAUUAAAAUCCUAAUGAGAUAGCAAUAGAAGCCUAUUAGAAUGGCAAACAUUAAAAACACUGACCAUACCAAGUGUUGACGAUCUGCAGAAACUGGAACUCUCUCAUACACAGCUGGUGGAAACUAGUACAAACACUUUGAAAAAUAGUUUGUGAGUUUCUUAUAGAGUUAAACAUUUACCUACUAUAUGAUCUAGCCACCCCACUUCUAGUUUACCCAAGAGGAUAUAUAUGGUCCAUACAAAGACUUGUACUUGUGUUCAUAGUAGCUUUAUUUGAACAGCCAAAAACCAGACACAGCCCAAAUGUCCAUCAACAGGUGUUAUAGUCAUAUAAUAAUAAAAAGAAUGAACUACUGAUACAUGCAACAUGAAUCAUUUAUGCUGAGAGAAAAAAGACUGCUCUCCGCAUUGAGCGCAGCUCUCCUGCCACAGCCCGCGUUCCCUGGAAAUGUACUCCACGCCAAACUCAUCUCCACCCGCGUCCUGGUCGGGAGCGCUUCUCAGCUGUCGAGCCAGCCACUCUGCGGUAGUGCUAAAAUGGCCCAAGACACUGGCAGCCCCAUGUCCCCUGACCUCACUUAUCCCUACCAUAACUUCCAAAACAGCGCCAUUUCAAGGGACAUUGACAGAGCAGCCAAGUUCCCUGGGACUGCAGCUGGCACAGCGGGGGUGGCAGGCGCUGGCGCUGGGGCUGGAACUGUCUGGGGGCUCAUCACUGGCUCUGCCAGCAACUCUUCUCCCGAGGGACAGCUCUUCGGCACAAUUCUGGGCUUUGCCCUUAGAGGCCAUGGGGCUCUUCCGCCGACGGCAGCCUUUCCCAUCCUCUUCGCCAUGUUAAGAAGCCCUCUCUACCUUCCACGGUUCUUUCUCCCAAGUCUCACCUUCCCUGUAUGUUCCUUUUCCUAUACAUUUCCAGGCAGCAUAAGGAAAGCAGACGGCUCAGGGUUUGACAGGAGGAAAAAAAUACGGCAGGAGCUGCGCGGCGGAGACGCGGCCUCAGAGGAUGGCCUGAGCCAUGGGGCUCGCAAACCCACGGGCGGGAAAGCGCCCCGCAGGCAGCUGGCCAUUAGAGCUGCCAGGAAAAGCGCCCCUCUACCGGGGGGUGAGCCGCUGCCAUCGGCCCGGAACCGCUGCGAUUCGAGAAACCCGUCGUUAACCAGAAAUCCACGGAGCUUCUGGUCCCGAAGCUGCCUUGCAGAGGCUGGCGGGGGAGAGGGUCCAGGGUCCCAAACUGGCCCGAGGCUUCUGAGUGCCGCUGCAGGGGGUCAGCGAAGUUCCUCCUGGGCCUAG